AUGUCUUCGUCCCCCAAGUUCUACCGUCCUACACCCCAGAGACCCUUCGGCCACAGCUCCAUAAUCGAACAACCUCCCAGUCCACUCCUCAGCCCUGAAGUAGCAGAUGAAGCGCCCUCUCGAACGGGUUCCAUUCUGAACCUCACCUCCUCCACCCUGCUGGGCAUCUACUCGCACACGGGCUACACAGCCUCAGAGUACGGCGAGCCUUCAACGCCCUGGGGAACAGGCGCCCAAACGCCCCUCAAUGGCCCAUCCUCCCCCCCAAUCCUUCGAAAUUCGACGGCCCCGCCUCGACCUCCACCGUCUACGUUCUUCCGGGUGUUUUCGCUGGUGUUGAGGAGCAUAUUGUUAUUUGGCAUAGGCAUGGGAUAUGGACUCUUGGUACGGCAUCUGCAUGAUGAUCAGCAGCUGGCGCCGGUCCAGGUUGGAGGCCUCAUCAAGCCGAGUAAUGAUUGGAGGUAUCUAAUAUUUUGGGGCGUGGCUGGUGUUGCAUUGGGGAGUCUUCUGCCGUGGGUCGAUACGAUGUUUUCAGCCGAUUCAAGAGAACCGGUGGAGGAGUAUGGGGACAAGAAUACUUGCCCACCGAGUCAAAUUGUGAAGGCGGGCGAGGAGCUUGAUUCGAAUACCAUACUGGACGCAGACUGGACGCCGGUUGUGAGGAGCGUGGGAGGGUUUGUGGGGAUUGCUUUCGCGAUUCGCAAGUUACCAUGGUCUUCUACCCUCCAAGCAUCCCUCACCCUCGCCUUCGUAAACCCAGUCCUCUGGUACCUAAUCGACCGCACCACACCCGGUCUCCUCCUCUCCACCGCCGUAGGCGUACUCGGCACCCUGUUCCAUUUUAUCGUCACCCCCGAAAUAAUGCCCAGCCCAGUCCCAAGCGCAAACUCGACCUCGGCGCACCACUCACAAAAUCGAGCAGACUUGAACGUUAUGGGCAUGGACCUCGGCGGGUACAUCAACAUCAGCCGAGAAAACAUCGAAGGCGCCAUCUGGGUUCUAUCCGUACUGUUCUGCUCCUGUGUCUGCUUUGGCAAUAUCGGACGGCGGCUGGCCCUCAGUGGCUUUGGGAUACGGAAAGAUGUUGGAUCCUCGCGCCGACGAUGA